ACAGAACUCCUUGCAGACAGACUGUAUACAGAGCAAGCAGCUGUGGGAAAGGAAGCAUUGCUAAACCAGCGCUGCACAGGAAGCCGCCAGCAUCUCAAGCCUGUACUGCUUUAUAUCUUUUAGCAGCUUUAUCGGGCAUUGUUGGAAGUCUGAAAACGAAGUUGAAUUUAAGAUCGAGGAUAUAUAGACAUUUCUAGUGAGGUCGCUUUUCAGCUUUUUGCAUUUCAGAAAAAAAAGGAAAACUUUGACUCAGUUCUGUUUGCAAACUUUAAGUUGCAUUUCAUAUUUUUAUCAAACGCACUUUUUUUUCUUUAUUUUACUGUAUCCAGGUUUGGUUACAUUAAUUUUAUAACAUUGCAAAACUUUUUUCUUCUUCCAAUUCGCUUGAAGUUUGACGUUUUCUUGGACAGUAUUUGAUUGGGAACUGGAGCAGUUGCUAUGAUGGAUAAGAGCUGUCUGGUUUCUCACAUAGAGACUCUCCUGAGGACAGACUCGUUCUCCAACAACUACACCGUGGUGGGCAAAGUACUGGGCAGGGGGAAAUUUGCAGUGGUCAAGAAAUGUUUGGAGCUAGCAAGUGGUCGUGAAUAUGCUGCUAAGUUCCUGAGAAAACGAAGGAAAGGGGAAGACUGUCGUAAUGAUAUUGUCAAUGAAAUUGCCAUCCUGGAAAUGUCCAGAUUCUCACCACACAUUGUGGACCUCCAUGAAGUUUAUGAGACCAACAGUGAGAUCAUUCUCGUCAUGGAAUAUGCAGCCGGAGGAGAAAUAUUUAACCAAUGUGUGGCAGACAGAGAUGAGGCUUUUACCGAAAAGGACGUCAUCCGACUGAUCCGUCAGAUUCUACAAGGGGUACUUUACUUGCAUAGAAAUAACGUUGUCCACCUUGACUUAAAGCCACAGAAUAUACUUCUUACAAGUGACAAUCCCCUGGGUGAUAUACGUAUUGUUGACUUUGGGUUGUCCAGGCAGGUUGACAGCAUUAAAGAAGUGCGAGAGAUUUUGGGAACUCCUGAGUAUGUAGCUCCUGAGGUGCUGAAUUAUGAACCGAUCAGCACAGCAACAGAUAUGUGGAGCAUUGGAGUGCUGACAUAUGUUAUGCUUACAGGAGAAUCUCCAUUCCAAGGAGAAACAAAACAGGAGACCUUCCUUAACAUCUCCCAAGUAAAUAUCCAGUACACGGAAGAGGAAUUUGAUGGAAUCUCUGAUCUUGCCAUAGAAUUUAUCAAAUCUCUGCUUGUAAAGAACCCAAGGAAAAGGGCUCGAGCAGAGCAGUGCCUACAACACCCAUGGCUCACCUCUUAUACAGAGUCCAAGGAUCAGGACACAGCCUGUGAACAGAAGGAAAAUGAACUUAAGCCCCAAGAGGGCACAGAGGAAUUAGUUCUGUUGGCUUCAUACACUGUACAUUGCCCAUGCCGGCAGCUGGAAAGCCAGGAAGCCAUAGAGACUGACCUGAAAGGUGUGAGAAAUCAGUUUACUGCUCUUCAGGAGAUACAAGCAGAAGUUGUGUGUUAACGGCUGUAACCUCACUUAUUUGAACCAAGCUACUUCAGAGUAUAGCAUUUCUGAAUAAGAAGCAGUGCCUUACUUGCUUCAAUAAUCACAGAUUUUGUUCAAGGUCUCAGAUGCAAUUACCUUUAAAUGGGCCAUUUGUCAGAUGCAACUUAUUCAAUGUUUAGGCCCAGUGUUUUGGGAACAUUAUUGAAGCCUGAAUAGGAAUUUGGUACAGUAUGGAUGUGGCUUCUGUUAAGGGUUGGCCAGGUUACAUGUGAAGUAUUUCUGCACCGAAAACACAGACCUUUUUGGACUUAAUUGCCUGUGGAAAAUGUGUAAGGCUUAAACUAGUCACCUAAGAAUAUUUACUCUGUCCAGGCUGUAGCCUAGUCUCCAAAUGAAUAUUCUUAAGUCUAAAUCUAUAUUAUUGUGUUUCCCUGUGCUUCCAGAGAGAGGUGAUUUGCACUAGAAUAAUUAAAAAAAAAAAAAAACAGGUCUCCGCUUUCCUCCCAGUUUGCUUGGGUGUUAAGGUAGAGAGUUUCAUAAAAACAAAAAACACCAGUAGCUGUGACUUGUUACUGCAUGUAUUAAAUCAACACGUUGUAUCUUAAUGCCAAAAACAAACCUCACACAUUUUUUUUUCACUAUGGUAAUAAUGAAACCUGUUUCAAGGACUUUAUUUUGGAAGGGUUUGUAGCAGACAGAAAUCAAGUACAGAGCCCAGCAAACAACAUAAAGUCUGCCUAAUAAUCUUAGGUGAGUGUUUUGCUAGCAUUAAGCCGAGGUGACUGUCAAUAGUUCUUAUUUCUUCAUGUUUUAUUUACAUUUACAGACGCUUCCAUUAGACCAUCCACUUAGCAAGUCUGCACAAUCAUGACUGCCAAGCGGAUUUUAUUUUAAAAAAGGUUGUGACGGAUGACACAAGCAUUUAUAUGGCCUAAACUGGAGUUUGCUAGUUAGAGAAUAGAUUACUAUUCAUAUUGAAUAGCAAGUCCCCAAAAACAACAUAAAUGCCGAGAAUGUGCCUUAGACUAAAUAAAAGUGGCAAUAAAAAGUGCUGUACUUCCUUUCAUCUUAUAACUAUUUUGAGCUUCAUAGGAUCCUCAUGAAAUCUUUGUUUAAAAAUAGUUUUUCUCUAUUAAUUUAAAUUAACCAAGAAACAUCUUCUUAUUAAUAAAAAAAAAAAGGCCAGGUCAUUUUCGAUCAACCUUACGGACCAGUUAACGGGAAGAAGAAAAAAAUGAACCAUACAAAUUUAAAGAAAAUCUUAAUUUAUAUACACUCAUUGUACAUGUUAUGGUUUUAUUAGACUGUGUAACCCAAAAUAUGAGAUCUUAGUAACAGUAUAGGUAAAGGAAAUAAGUAUAAGAUUAGUAGAUUCGGUCACUUUAUAGAGGGCAAUAAUUGUGCUAUGCUAACAGUAUUUAUGCUUAAUUCAUGCAAGGACCAGUGAUGUUUUUCUUUGCUGAUUAAAGGCACUGUAAGACAAGGCUUGACAAACCCAGGAGCCAUGGUGCCACUGGCACCUAGAAAUCUACCCCUGGCUCCUAACUUUUUGAGUUAUUCUUCAUAUAUCUCUAUACAAAUACUACUGUCGGGCUCCCAAAAGUAUGUCUGGCUCUUAAUUUCUAACUGGCCUCUCAUUUUAAACAGAUUUGUCAAGCAUUGCUGACCACUUAAUGGAUAAAAGGAUAUGAAUUAA